GAGUCGCCGCCACAGUGGCUGCGUCGCUUUGUCAGUGGCGAGGUCUGCCACACCGCCAACAUCUUCUGCAGCUUGCUGUCUACGGUCUGCAGGUACGACCCGGUCGGUCGGGGCGUGCCGUAUGGCGGCUACUUCAGUAGCAACUCACAGGAAGACUUUGUGGACAAAGCCUUGCAGGUGCUUUGCGUGGCCUUGGACUUCAAGCCGCCCCAGGAAGACGUUGAGCAAGACGACAACGAUGCCGUGGAUGCUGGCUGGUUCUUGGUGGACAACUCUCAGCUGCAGGCCAACAGCCACGGCGUGGGUUAUAGAGCUUCCAAAAUGCUGGAGGACAUCGUGCCGAGCAAGUCUGCGGUCUGGGGCGAGAGGAUUCCUGGCCACGACGAAGGCGAUGGAUGGAUCAAGGUGGGAGACUACUUUCUUCCCGCCGAGAUCAACGGCCACCGCGUGCUGCUGCCGCAGUCGCAGGGUGGCGAGGAUGGCUCGAAGAAGAUUCGAAACGUCUACCGGUACAUGUUACAGCACCUCUCGAAGGAUUCGGAGAUCGAUCUCGUUUUCAACGGGCUCUUACGCCUGCUCAGCAGUGUCCACCAGGCGCAGCAGACCUACCUGCCCAACUCUAUGAGAUCUGUUAGCUUCUACCAAGAGGCGUUGGUGCUGCUGUGGCAUGUGCUGACGUCCAACCCGACCUUCACAAAGCGGGUCGUGGAGAGGCAUGACACCAACCAGGUUCUCCUUUCGGUGCUCUACUUGCUGCAACAGGCAAAAAGCUCUGCGCACCUCGUAGGCCUCCUCCACACCGCCUCCUUCAUCCUCCUCGUCCUCUCCGGCGAGCGAAGCUUUGCCGUCCGGCUCAACGAUCCGUACACCGCAAAGAAGGUGCCGUUGGACAUACCUUCCUUCACAGGGAAUUAUGCCGACGUGAUGGCAUUGACGCUGUACAGAGUCAUAUCCGAGAGUUUGCUGAAGUCGGCCAACGACGCCCUCGUGGAGAUGCUGAUGACGGCGCUCUGCAACGUCUCCCCCUACGUCAAGGGCUUCGCUCUCGAGAGUUGCUUGAAGCUCGUGUCUUUGGCCGAGCGCCUAUCGCGUCCCAGCUACAUUUUCCGCACUGCCUUUACCCACCAUAGCCUGGUCUUCCUCGUUGAGAUGUUGGUGAACAUCGUCCAGUAUCAAUACGAGGGCAAUGUCAUGAUGGUCUAUGCCAUCCUUCGGCAGUCUGAGGUGUUCCGAAAGAUUCGAGCUCUCGACCUGUCGGCAGUGCCGAAAAGAAAGAAAAACAACGGCGCCGGUGCCGACGAUGCACCAGAGGCCUUGGAAGAGCAGGCCGAGAAGAAGGCUCCAGUGUGGGAGCCGACGGAGGAGUGGCUGGCUUCGGUGAAGAAGAAGCUUCCUCUUGCAACGAGAGGGUCGCCCAGAAGCAGGGACAAGGUGGUAUUGGGCUCUCUGGCUAAGGCUCGAAAGCCUCAUCGACCACCUGAACCCGCAGCUCGAGGUGAUCUGUGUGGAGCACGAGGUGACUGA